GGGGCAGAGAACGGGACCCGGAGUCGAACCCGGAGCCUGAAGCGCGUCGCCUCCGCGUCACGCGACGCUCAGACUCGGAGUGCGUGGCGUGUUUCCUUCGCGCGGACGAUGGAGCCGAUGGCGGAGAUGAUGGUGGUGGUGAUGGAGCUCACGGAGAUGAUGAGGGAGAUGCUGCAGAUGCCGGACAUGACGGACAUGAUGGAGAUGUGAUGUUUUCAUCAGGAGCAGCCAGCGCAUCUCGGGGACUUCGCUCCUGGACCGAGCCGCCGCUGCCUGUCCGUCCGCGCGGGUGCGCGCGCGCCUUUCCUCCUUCUUUCUCUCGUUCCUGUCUUAUCCGCAGCAUUAAUGAAAUAAUUAACAUGAGUGGAACACAGUGGUCUGCGACGUGGGACCGGUCACCUGGAUGCCCAUCGAUCACCUGCUGCUGGACGCGGGAGUGAGAGGAAACCUGAUCUGAUCUGAUCUGAUCUGAUCGAUCCCUGGCUGGACAGGAGCUCCCACGUGAGUGUGAUGUCCGUCUCUCUGUUGACAUUGGUCCUCCUGCCCCUGUGGGGACUCUAUGCUCCCCCCACCCUGGGCUGCCCUUCCGUUUGCCGCUGCUACAGCCUCACAGUGGAGUGCGGCUCCAUGGGACUCCGGGAGUUCCCCAGGAACAUCCCUCCCAUCACCCAGACGAUAUUCCUCCAAGAUAAUGCCAUUGGCCAGAUACGCCAGCAGGACCUUUCCCAGCUGCCCGACCUGCGGUACCUCUACCUGCAGCACAACGGCCUCUCGGCCCUGGAGCCAGGGGCCUUUCGAGGCCAGGGUCAGCUGUUGGAGCUAGCCCUCAAUGGCAACCGCAUCCACCUGGUCACGCCCGAUGUCUUUCAAGGGCUGGCUCAUCUGCGCGUGCUCUACUUAGCCGGGAACCAGAUCACACGCCUUCAGGACUUCACCUUCCGUGGCCUACAGCGGCUCCAGGAGCUACAUCUGCAAGAGAAUAGCGUGGAGGUACUUGGGGAGCAGGCUCUGGCCGGGCUGGGCUCCCUGGCCCUGCUGGAUCUGAGCCGCAACAACCUGCGCACCAUCAGCCAGGCCUCACUGGAACCCCUGGUCAGCCUUCAAGUGCUGCGAGUCACAGGCAACCCCUGGCGCUGCGACUGUGCGCUCCACUGGCUGCGUACCUGGAUCGAUGAGGAAGGCCAGCGGCUGCUGAGCUCCACCGACCGCCGGCUGGUGUGCGCUGAGCCACCUCGCCUCUCGCACCUGAGCCUGGUGGAGGUGCCCCGCAACAGCUUGGUGUGCAUCCCCCCCGCGGUACGGCUACAGCCCCGGCGCCGGUCCGUCCGUCCGGGGGAGAGCCUGCGAGUGUCCUGCCAGGCCUCUGGCUACCCGCAACCACAGGUCACCUGGAGGAAGGCCUCCCAGGACAGGACCCAACUUUCAGCCAGGGGGUCGGCGCCGGAUGUAGCGGCGGUGUUGCCAGAGCCUGAGACGACCGCUCGGACGGGAGCAGCGGCGGACAACCAAGCGGAGGGCGAACGCUUUGACCCGGACACAGGGAGCGGGAUGCUAUUUCUUAGCAACGUCACGGAGGCUCACGCCGGCCUCUAUGAGUGCGAGGCCUGGAACGCCGGAGGUGUGGCCAGGGUGACCUUCCACCUGUCUGUCAGUGCAUCCCCCUCCUCUUCCUCUUCAUCCUCAUCAUCAUCUGUAUCUGUGUCAUCAUCUCCCUGGCGGCCCUGGUUGCAUCCUGCUCACCCAGUGUUGACAGAUGUGAGCCGUGAACCGCUGUAUGCCUUGGGGAGCAUGGACUUCAAUGCGCUGGGGGCGGCCACCCAGACUGCCAUUGCUGCAGGCAUCGCUCUGCUGGCACUCACUGCUCUGCUGUUGGUGGUCAUGAUCUACAGCCGCCAUCAACAGCGGCAGAAGGGCCAUCAGGAGGAGAGCGUUUUGUAUGUCAAUGACUACUCUGAUGGACCCACCACGUUUGCCCAGCUGGAGGAGUACCGUGAUGAGCGUGGCCACGAGAUGUACGUCCUCAACCGCAGUCGGCCUGUGCUGCCUCCCGCCCAGCAGUGUGUGCCACCUCCGGUUGAGUCCCCACAGCAUCGGGCUCCACAGCCCCUGAGGAGGAUGGCGGGAGAGGGGGAAGAGGCGGCGCCCAUGACGGACGUGGAACAAGAGGAACUGUUUCUGAGCCAGAGCCUGCUAUUUGAGAAACAGAUUGCCUACGAGAUCCACUGCUGAAGGAAGAAGACAGUGUCCACGAACCUGCUGCAUGAGAAGCAGAUCGUCUAUAUCAUCCACCUCUGAGGAACCAAGAUGGUGUCCCAAAACCUGCUGCUUGUAAGGCACAUCAUCUAUGAGAUCCGCUGCUGAAGGUCCAAGACUACAUCCCAGAAACUGCUGCUUGAGAAGCAGAUCAUCUACAAGAUCCAUUUCUGACAAAAAAGACUGUCUCAGAAACUGCUGUUUAACAAACAGAUCAUCUAAAAGAUCCACUUGUGAAGGUCCAAGACUGUGUUUCAGGAUCUGUUGCUUUAGAAGUAAAUAAUCUAAAAGAUCCACUUCUGAGGGAGCAACAUGGUGUCCCAGAACCUACUGCUUAAGAAGCAGAUCAUCAGUGAGAUGUAUUUUGAAGGGCCAAGAUGAUAUCCCAGAACUUGCUGCUUCGAGAAGCAGAUCAUCUGCAAAAUCUAGCUCUGAGGGACCAAAGAAUCCUGAAAAAAAGCAACCCCUUUUUGCAAAACACAUGGAACAGACAUGUUUGGAUGUUUCAGGAUCUCUGUACACAAUCCGGAAUCUCAAUCCUGGAGCUGAUUUGUGGGACAAUGACAUUGUUCCGAAGGAGAAUCGACAUCAUCAGAAAAGAAGAAACAACACUUGUAAUACCAUGUACAUUAGGUUAUGACCGCACAUAUUACAAGGAAAAACGACACUGUUGCACAGUCACAAAAUGAGAAACCAUGAUCACAAGGUAAUCACAAGUAAAAAACUGCAAAAUGUAAACAUACAUGAUUCUGCUGCUGCACUGGGAGAAGUCACUCUAUGGUAACUGUUGUACUUUUGCAUUUUUUUUGAGCGUAAAGCUGGUAACUAUUUGAGGGCCAGGCUAUAACUCACAGAGGUGUCACUGCACACUGUGAUGGGUGUCUGUUCUAGCCUGAUCUUAAGUUGGUACCUCUUCCUGUCUUGUUCUUCGUUGUAAUUGACCUUCCUGUUUCACAGUGACUUGUUUUUUUUUUUUUUCUUUAUGUACAAUGAUGUGUCUCUUUCUGCACAUCUGUUUCUGCAUGGCUCCUCCAAUCUCCUUUCUCUGCACUCCUAUUAUUUAGAUUAUUUUUUCCAUUAUGUGU